AUGUCAACUCCAGCAAGAAUCAAGCCACUCGAUGUGUCAGUCGUUAACAAAAUCGCCGCUGGUGAAAUCAUCAUAGCUCCCGCCAAUGCUCUCAAAGAAAUGAUGGAAAACUCUAUCGAUGCAAAGUCAAGUUCCAUUGAAGUUCUUGUGAAAGAAGGGGGUAUGAAGCUUCUACAGAUUACUGAUAAUGGUUCUGGUAUAGAUAAAGAAGAUCUUCCCAUACUUUGUGAACGGUUUACAACAUCUAAAUUGUCAACUUUUGAAGAUUUAAGCUCCAUUGCGACAUAUGGGUUCAGGGGUGAAGCUUUGGCUAGUAUAUCUCAUAUUGCACAUUUAUCAGUUACCACAAAAACAGAAUCAAGUGCGUGUGCUUGGAAAGCUGUAUAUUCAAAUGGUGAAUUAACACCAUCAAAACCAAAUGACACUAAAGAUCCAAAGCCAGUUGCUGGUAGAAAGGGGACACAGAUUACAGUCGAAGACCUUUUUUAUAAUGUUCCUUCAAGAUUAAGAGCUCUCAAAUCUUCAAGUGAUGAAUUUGGUAAGAUCCUAGAUGUUAUUGGUAGAUACGCAGUUCAUACAGAUGGUGUUGGGUUUGCAUGUAAAAGAUUUGGGGAUGCACAUUAUUCAUUAACCACAAGACCAAACGUGUCAAUUAAGGAAAGAAUAAGAACUGUUUUUGGAUCUCCAAUCGCAAAUGAAUUGAUUCCUAUUGAGAUGGAUCCGAUCGAAGAAUAUGGGGUCUUGAAAGUUGCAGGUCAAUUUACAAACCCUAAUUUCAAUAAUAAAAAAUCAAUACAACCAGUUUUCUUUAUUAACAAUCGUCUUGUGUCCAAUGAUCCCUUAAAAAGAGCUUUGACCUCUACAGUCAAUCAUUUCUUACCAAAAGGGCACAAAUCUUUCAUUUAUUUAAGUCUUAUAAUAUCACCAGAAAAUGUCGAUGUGAAUGUCCAUCCAACUAAAAGAGAGGUUAGAUUUUUGUAUGAAGAUGAAAUUAUUGAUAGAAUUUGUAUUUCAGUUCAAGAACAAUUUUCCAAAAUUGAUUCUUCAAGAAGUUUCCCUGCACAAUCAUUCUUACCGACAAAAAGACAAAGAACAGAAGUUGAAGAUGAUGAAGAAUUCACACCACCAAAAAAUGCCACCCCUCAACAAAAAGUCAAAAGAUUAGAUUAUAAAUUAGUUAGAACUGAUGCUAAUCAAUCAAAAAUCACAAAUUAUCUUUCUCAAUCACAACAACAAUCUCAAUCACAGUUAUCUUUAAAUGACUCCCACAAUACAGAAUUAGAUGAAAAGGAUGAUAGCACUGUCAAUGAGUCAACUGACCUAACAACUUUCCAACCACAAGUUACCUCAACUCAGAUAAGGACUUCUCAACAAACUCUCAAACCUGCUUCAAAUUUAAAGUUUAUACCCAAGGAUCGAGUUGAUGUCAAUCUUCAAAGUAUUUUAGAGCUACGAGAAUCAGUUGAAAAAUCAGUUAAUAAGGUCUUGACUGAAGUUUUUGCAAAUCUAUUGUAUAUCGGUAUUGUUGAUUCAAAACGUCGUUUAUGUGCUAUUCAAUUUGAUGUGAAAUUGAUGCUUUUAGAUUAUGCUUCAGUUUUAAACGAAUUAUUUUAUCAGAUUGGUCUUUCUGAUUUCAGCAAUUUUGGUACAAUUGUUUUUGAACAAGAAUUAUCAAUUAGAGAUUUACUUUCCAUGAUAACAUUUCAUGAAAAUUUUAAAGAAGGAUCGAGAAAUAUUGAUGAAAUUAUAGACCUUUUAAUUAAUAUGUCUGAUAUGCUUUUAGAAUACUUUUCAAUAGAAAUAACAGAUUGUGACACAUCAGAUCCAAAAAUUAAAUCAAUCCCAUAUUUACUGAAAAACUAUACGCCUUCAAUAGAUAAGUUACCUUUAUUUCUAUAUAAAUUGGGUGCCAAAGUUGAUUGGGAAGAUGAAAAGGCAUGUCUUGAUGGUAUUUUAAGACAAUUGGCUUUAUUUUAUAUACCUGAGGCCUUUGAAACUAAUGAAACUUUAUCAGAUGAUGAUCCUGAAAAACCUGAACUCAUACAAAAACACCAAGAGCUCAAUGAUGCUUUAGAAAAUGUUUUGAUGCCUGUGAUUAAAAAGAAGCUUUUAGCUACCAAGAAAUUAACUAAGGAUGUUGUUGAAAUAGCUAAUCUUCCAGGUCUUUACAGAGUUUUCGAGCGUUGUUAA